CUCUCUCUCUCUCUCUCUCUCUCUCUCUGUUAAAGCAAGGUUGCAUAUUGAACGUCCACACACAAACCAUUCGAUCUAAAACAUUCAUUCCUCUUCUGCUUUUGUAGUCAGUUGGGAGAAAAAGAGGGGGGUUUUAUCUCUUUGGAGAUAGUCAUUUCUUCAUCUUGUUCUUUGCUAUUCUUCAUCUUCAUCCUCCAUGGAUACUGCUCAGUGGCCACAGGAGAUUGUGGUGAAACCACUAGAGGAGAUAGUCACAAAUACAUGUCCAAAGCCUGCUUUGGAGAAGAGGGCAAGACCUCAGAAAGAGCAAGCUUUGAACUGCCCAAGGUGCAAUUCAACCAACACUAAGUUCUGCUAUUACAACAACUACAGUCUCUCUCAGCCAAGGUACUUUUGCAAGGCUUGUAGAAGGUAUUGGACUGAAGGUGGGUCUCUCAGAAAUAUUCCAGUUGGUGGGGGUUCAAGGAAGAACAAGAGAUCAUCAUCUUCUUCUUCUUCAUCUUCAUCUUCAGCUUCAUCAAAGAAGCUUCCUGAUCUGGUGCCACCAGGCUGCUCUCAGUCUUCUGCUCAAAACCCUAAGAUCCAUGAAGGCCAAGAUCUCAACCUCUCCUUCCCAGCCGCUCAAGAUUUCAGAAGUGUCUCUGAGUUCAUGCAAAUGCCCAGCAUUGAAAACAGCAAUAACAACACAAAUAAUAGCAGCAAGAGCCACAUCACUUCUACUUCCUCUACUUCAUCCCACCUCUCAGCUUUGGAGCUGCUCACUGGGAUCACUUCAAGGGGGUUGAAUUCCUUCAUGCCCAUGCCAAUUCCUGAUCCAAACACAGUUUACACAACUGGGUUUCCUAUGCAGGAGUUCAAACCGACUCUUAAUUUUUCUCUGGAUGGGCUUGGGAGUGGGUAUGGUAGCAUCCAGGGAGUUCAAGGGAGCGGUAGUGGGAGGCUGUUGUUUCCAUUUGAAGAUUUGAAACAGGUCUCAAGCACAGCUGAUCAUAUUGAGCAAACUAGAGAGCAAGGAGAUUCAACUGGGUACUGGACUGGGAUGUUAGGUGGAGGAUCAUGGUAAAGAAUAUGAAUGACAAUCUGGGUCUUUGUUUUCUUCUUCUUCUUUUUUUUCUUUUCUUUUUUUUUUCUUUUGGGUUUUCUGAUUUCUCAUGGUGGGUGGUGACUUUGUUUGGAUUUCUUCAGAACUAACAGAUAGGAUGAUGAUGAUGAUGGUACAUGGGUUUAUCUCUCUUUCCUUCUUUAUGAUUAUCUUCUCAUUACUCUUUGAUCGUGGUGGGAAUUUGAAGCUUAUUUUAGGUUGGCUUCAGAGUAAAGGUGGCAUGGGUUACAGUACUCUUAAAAGGAUAGAAGAAGAAAUCAAGAACAGCCCAGAUUUUUGGAGGGCAAUAACCCAAGUUGAAGAUGAGAGGGCUUGCACUAUACCCCUUUAUUUCAUGUCAUUUCUUCUAUGAGCAGAAGAGGUUGCAACCCACUUCUCUUUUGUCAUUGGUUGGCUUGGUACAAAGAAUAAUGUAUAAUGUUUCAAGUUUUUUUCUUUUUUUUUUUUUUUUUUUUUUUUUUCCCAUGAGUUUGUGGAUCAAAAACAAAAGUACUCUGUAGCUUCUUUCAAUCGAGAACAAACUAUUAAAUUAUUGUUGAUUUUCUUAUA